CCAUUUUCUCUCCCAUUUUCCCAGAAAACAAACAUUAACUCUUCUCUCUCUCUCUCUCUCUCUCUCUCUCUCUCUCUCUCUCUCUCUCUCUCUCUGUCUUUCUCUUUUUCUGAGAAGAAAUGGAAGGAGGAGUUCAUGCAGAAACAGAUAUUUCAGCUUUCAGAUACUGCUUCUCUCUCACAUGGAGGAAUCCUUAUGUUCUUCGUCUUGCUUUUUCAGCUGGGAUUGGUGGACUUCUCUUUGGUUAUGACACAGGAGUGAUAUCUGGUGCUCUUCUUUACAUUAGAGAUGACUUUGACUCUGUGGAUAAACACACUGUACUUCAGGAGAGUAUAGUGAGCAUGGCAGUUGCAGGAGCAAUCAUCGGAGCAGCCAUUGGUGGUUGGUUGAACGAUCGUCAUGGAAGAAGAAGUGCAAUCUUGAUUGCUGAUUUCCUCUUCUUUAUUGGAGCUGUGAUCAUGGCUGCUGCUCCCAACCCUUCUCUUCUCAUCAUUGGUCGAGUUUUCGUUGGCCUCGGUGUCGGAAUGGCAUCUAUGACAUCCCCUCUUUACAUCUCCGAAGCUUCUCCGGCCAAAAUCCGAGGCGCUCUCGUUAGUACUAAUGGAUUUCUCAUCACUGGAGGCCAAUUCUUGUCGUACCUCAUCAACUUAGCUUUCACUAAGGCACCAGGAACUUGGAGAUGGAUGCUUGGAGUUGCAGGACUUCCAGCUUUACUUCAGUUUAUAUUAAUGUUGCUACUUCCCGAAUCGCCUCGAUGGUUAUUUCGUAAGGGAAGAGAAGAAGAAGCGAAAGAAAUUCUCCGAAAAAUAUAUGCUUCUGAAGAUGCUGAAAAGGAAAUUCAAGAUCUCAAAGAAUCAGUGGAAGCCGAGAUUCGAGAAAAACAAUCUGCAGAGAAAAUCAACUUGAUCAAACUAUGGAAAACAAAGACUGUGAGAAGAGGACUUAUUGCUGGUGUUGGACUUCAAGUUUUCCAACAAUUUGUAGGCAUAAAUACAGUCAUGUAUUACAGUCCUACAAUUGUUCAAUUAGCAGGUUUUGCAUCAAACAAAACUGCUCUUCUUCUUUCUCUUGUCACUUCUGGGCUCAAUGCCUUUGGCUCCAUUGUCAGUAUCUACUUCAUUGAUAGAACUGGCAGGAAGAAGCUUCUUAUAAUUAGUUUGUGUGGAGUUAUCGUCUCCCUCGGAUUAUUGUCAGCGGUAUUCCAUGAGACUACAACUCAUUCUCCAAUCGUUGGUCCGGUAGCAACCUCCCGGUUCUCGAAUUUCACUUGCCCGGAUUACAAAACAGCGAGAGACGCCAUCGCUUGGGAUUGUACCAGGUGCUUGAAGGCAUCAUCACCAGAUUGUGGCUUCUGUGCUUCUGAAAGUGGAAAGCUAUUACCAGGAGCAUGUUGGAUAUCAAAUGACACAGUAAAAAGUGCAUGCCAGGACCAAGGCAGGUUAUGGUACACUAGGGGAUGUCCAAGCAGAUUCGGAUGGCUUGCGUUAAUCGGGUUGGCGCUCUACAUCAUAUUCUUCUCACCUGGAAUGGGAACUGUCCCGUGGAUCGUUAACUCGGAAAUAUAUCCAUUGAGGUUUCGAGGAGUGUGUGGAGGGAUAGCAGCUACUGCAAAUUGGAUAUCGAACCUUAUAGUUGCUCAAUCGUUCCUGUCUUUAACCGAGGCAAUAGGGACCUCGUGGACAUUCUUAAUAUUUGGUGUGAUUUCGGUGAUAGCUUUGGUGUUUGUGAUAAUAUGCGUUCCCGAAACUAAAGGAUUGCCCAUCGAGGAGAUCGAAAAAAUGCUAGAACAUACAGCUUUGCACUUGAGGUUUUGGAAGAAUAAGAACUCUAAACAACUAGACAAGAAUCAAGGUGUAUGAUUCUAUAAAAUCAAAGUGUACUUAUAGUGUUAAAGAUACAACACAUCCGUCGUGAACGAAAUCAGUGUACUAACUACUUGACGAAUUAGACCUUUCAUCAGCCCCUUGGUAGUAUCACUUACAGCAGUCUCCCAAUGAACUCUCGAACAUCAUGAGAGAGGAUAUUAUCAGAGUAUCUUUCCCUAAAAUAUGUACUACCUAAAAGUGAUUUUUGUAUUGUAUUGUUGUCUUUUUCUUAUAUCCAAAACAAAAAAGUGUAUUUAGAGGAUCUAUGCUAUGUAAUUCAAAUAUAAUGGUACUUCGAGCUCUUA